UCGGCCUCCCUAAGCGCUUUUCUAGCUGUCCAGUCAAAGAUCUCUCUCUCUUCUUUUCAUUCAUUCAUUCAUUCAUUCAUUCCCAUUCACCUCUCUCCUCUCACUCCACUCCUCAUUCUCAUUCUCUCGUUCUCAUUCCCGCACUGCUUGACAGAACUGAUUUGUUCCCUCAGUGUCAAUUUCUGUAUAUCCUCCUCCCACGCGCCUUGCACCACGUACCUACCUUUCGAAUGUAUGCUUCUCGCUCACAGCGAUCCAUUGGACGCUUGGCAAGCCCUAUGAUGGUGCAGCGUGCCUUUAACACAAAGAAGUGGAACUUCUUUUCGGGCUCCAGCCGUACCGGUCAGUCUCCGAUCACCCCAGAGAUCGGGCCUGUUACACAUGCACCCAGUUCAAAAUCUUCGGCCUACCCAAAGGAGGCAAUUGAAAAGAACAGGAGCGAGCUCCUCGACAAACUUGGUAGCAACUCUUCUGGCAGGGUCAUCGCCACCUCAGCCUCAACGAACCCGGCUCUGCCUCAUGGCAAAGUCUUUACUGUGCGCCCGGUCACGUCAUGGAUCGACAAGCUGGCCAGCGAACACGGAUCGCCUGGCGGACAUGUGGUCAAUAAUGCCGCGUUUCCUGAGCCAGAGAAGAAGUACCAGAAACGCGAUCUGCUCCUGAAGACCAUGCAGGAUUCUUACACAGAAAUUAUUCUCCCCUUCCGAACCGAUAAGGCUCUUCUGGAGGAGUACAUCAACGUCGGCGGAACAUUGAGACAUGGAAAGAUUAUGGAGGACUUGGAUGCCCUGGCGGGCGCCAUUGGUUACAAGCACGCGGAUGAUGGCAAGCCCGAUAGCACGCCCCUGACUAUCGUCACGGCCUCAGUGGAUAGAAUUGAUCUGCUGAAGCCUUUGGGUAUCUGCGAUCUGCGUCUCUCUGGACAUGUCACCUACGUUGGAUACAGCUCCAUGGAGAUUUUCAUGAAAGUGGAGGAGAUGUCGCCAGAUCAGCCAGGACAACAUGGCGAUACCAUCUUGGUCGCAAGAUUCACCAUGGUUGCCAGAGAUGCUCUCACCGGCAAGGCUGCCCAAGUCAAUCCCAUGUUCCUUAAAAACGACACCGAAAAGAAACUGUUCCAGAUGGGAGAUGACCACAAGGCCAAGAAACGCGUCGCGACCGACUCUGCCUUGACCAAGCGACCUCCGACACAGGAGGAGCGCUUCUUGAUCCAUGACCUGUAUCUGGAGUACUCGCAGUACGACGACCCACAGUCCAAGACCAAGAAGCCUGAUGAUGUCGAGUGGAUGUCUGAUACGAAAAUGAGUGCCAUCCAUAUCAUGCAGCCCCAGGAUCGCAACAUCCACGACAAGAUUUUUGGUGGUUACUUGAUGCGUUUGGCAUACGAGCUGGCGUUCUGCAAUGCGUCGUCGUUUAUCUCAUCCCGCCCAACGUUCCUCGCAUUGGACGAGAUCUCGUUCCGCAAGCCGGUGCCUAUUGGAACAUUCCUGGCGCUGGAUUCGCAAAUUGUGUAUGCGGAGGGAGGAGAUCGCCACUCAUUCCAGGUGAUGGUCAAGGCCGACGUGUUGGACGUCAACAAGAAGAGCCGAGAAACCACGAACACGUUCUGGUUCACGUUCAGGGACCCGGCCAAGGGCACGCCUAGGAUCAUGCCCAGGACGUAUGCGGAAUCGAUGCUGUAUCUCGAAGGAAAGCGUCGGAGAAAGGUGGGUAGUCAGAGCAGGAGAAGGGUCAGCUCGCCAGCUUGAAAACAUACUUUUAUAAAUAUAACUAGUGGAAUCCCCAUUUCAGCAAAUAUAGACUAAAGUAAAGCAUAGCCACAUAGAUUUUUUUAGAGUAUUUGCAAGAUCAACAA